CCCUCCUCUCUGCCGCUCACAGAAAAUCAUUGGCGUCUUCAAGCCCAAGAAUGAGGAGCCGUACGGACAGCUGAACCCCAAAUGGACGAAGUGGCUGCAGAAGUUGUGCUGCCCAUGCUGCUUUGGGAGAGACUGCCUCGUCCUCAACCAGGGCUACCUGUCGGAGGCAGGUGCCAGCCUGGUGGACCAGAAACUGGAACUCAACAUCGUUCCCCGCACGAAGGUGGUGUAUCUGGCCAGCGAGACCUUUAACUACAGUGCCAUCGACAGGGUGAAGUCCCGAGGAAAGAGGCUGGCCCUGGAGAAGGUGCCGAAAGUUGGCCAGCGCUUCAACCGCAUUGGUCUGCCACCCAAGGUGGGUUCCUUCCAGCUCUUUGUGGAAGGCUACAAGGAUGCUGAUUACUGGCUGCGACGGUUUGAAGCUGAGCCGCUCCCGGAGAACACCAACCGGCAGCUGCUGCUGCAGUUCGAGCGGCUGGUGGUGCUGGACUACAUCAUCAGGAACACAGAUCGGGGCAAUGACAACUGGCUCAUCAAGUACGACUGUCCCCUGGACAGCGCGGGCGUGCGGGACAGCGACUGGGUGGUGGUGAAGGAGCCCAUCAUCAAGCUGGCUGCUAUAGACAAUGGUUUGGCCUUUCCCUUGAAACACCCGGACUCCUGGAGAGCAUAUCCAUUCUACUGGGCAUGGCUGCCCCAGGCCAAAAUCCCCUUUUCACAGGAGAUCAAGGACCUGAUUCUUCCCAAGAUCUCGGACCCCAACUUUGUCAAGGACCUGGAGGAAGAUCUGUACGAGCUUUUCAAGAAAGACCCUGGCUUUGACAGGGGACAGUUUCACAAGCAGAUUGCGGUCAUGAGAGGCCAGAUCCUGAACCUCACUCAGGCGCUGAAAGAUGGGAAGAGCCCCCUGCACCUGGUUCAGAUGCCACCUGUGAUUGUGGAAACGGCACGUUCCCACCAGCGCACGGCUAGCGAGUCCUACACACAGAGCUUCCAGAGCCGGAAGCCUUUCUUCUCAUGGUGGUAG